UAGCCAAUACCCUAUUCCGUAUUGUUCUUCCGGUGACAUGCUUUUUUCCUUUCCAUCCAGCUGAUAAUACACCCUUCAGUCCCUAUCUCUUCUUAUUCUUAUUAUUCAAUGGCCUCAUCAUCAGUUUCAGCCACUUCUCUUAGGUUCGCACAAUCUCUCAGUUUGUCUAGCAAGACUACUCUCCAGGCUAGUUCAAGAUUUGGGGCAGUUUCUGUGGGAUGGAGCAGGAGGAGCUUUCCUUCUUUAAGAUCCUCUCGCUUCCGCAUCUGUGCGGCACAGCCUGAGACAGUUGACAAAGUGUGCGAGAUAGUGAGGAAACAGCUUGCUCUGCCUCCGGAAUCUCAACUUACCCCUGAAACCACCUUCACAGCACUUGGUGCUGACUCCCUUGACACUGUGGAAAUAGUGAUGGGUUUGGAGGAAGAGUUUGGAAUUAGCGUUGAGGAGCAGAGCUCUGAAAACAUCACUUGUAUCAAAGAAGCUGCUGAUUUGAUAGACAAACUCCUUCAAAACAAAACUCCCCCUAGCUAGUUGUGUGCCCACAAGCUCAAUUAUAUCCAUUGCCAAAAAAAACACACAAAAAAAGCAUUUCUUGAGAGCACAAGUGUAACUGAACGAGGUUAAUUGAAUUUUGGAUUAGACAUGUUCUUUAGGUGGAUAAUUAGUAUUUUUAUUUUUCCAUUGUGAGCUUUAUUUGACGUUUGAACUUACUAUCUGUUGUAAGACUCUCCGAAUAUGUCUGUUUUUGCCGUCAAGCUUCAGAAAUUAUUGCAUGUUGAUUUGAUUCCAGAAA